AUGAAGUCUGCACACACACAGGAGGCCACACAAACUCUCUCCGAACAGCAACGACCACGCAGAAUGGCCACAGAUUCAGACAGUAUCACAACAAACCCUAACGGCACUGGUGACGACUCAGACGAUAUGUCUUUUACCGAAGAGGAGCUAGAGGAGUUUGCCAAAUCGCCUAUGUUCGCAAUGAUAAGUGAAGCUGUCGAACGUGCUUCUGAUGAGUUAAAGCGCGAGAUAGGGCUCCGCCCAGAUGGCACUCCAAUAAACUACAAGGUUCGUGACAAGCACAAAGGCAAGAAGCGCAAGAUAAACGAUGCUGCUCCCUCUUCCAAAGUGGUCACAGCAGAAGCUUCGCGCUCGAGCGGCGACCACCGCACAGAGGUUGCGCGGCUCAAGUCACGGGAGCGCGUGGACAAGCCAGACGGUAAACAGAAUUUCGGAAUGGGCGGCAAACGAGAAGACAAACUUGAUGAAGAAAUCGCCCGCCGCCGUAAUGAAUUGAUUGCGAAACUGCGAGAACUUAACACGGAGAUCGACAAGGAGUAUUGCCGCCUUAGGAGGUUGGAUUAUUUUCGCUUUUGCAGGGUUUCUGAUGAUUCCCUGGAAAAAGAAAAGGCGAAGAAACUUGCAGGCGAGAUUAUAAGGGAGGAAGGUUUACGGUUGUAA